GAGGCAGUGAAGGACAAACACAUGCUGAGAAGAAUUUCCAGUUUUGUUGCUGCUGAGGGCUCGGGCCUCACGGCCAAGGGGUAGGAAACUGGAAGGAGUUCCUGAGCCCGCGAGCCUGCAGCGGAAGUAGAAGAACGCCCUUCUUCAAGUGUCUGGAGGUCAGAGAAGCAACCGAGGGGAGGGAACUGUGACUAGUUAAGAAGGCCCUGCUUACUGUCGCUACCAGAUCUCAUGUCAACACCAAGUCCUCAGCUGCUGGUGGCAGCUGCUCAGCAGACCCUGGGCAUGGGAAAGAGACGGGGCCCUCCCAGAGCCAUCUGUCUUCAUCUCGCUGGAGAGGUGCUGGCUGUGGCCAGGGGACUGAAGCCAGCUCUGCUGUACGAUUGCAGCUCUGCAGGGGCAGCCAAAAUCCAGAGCUACCUGGAGAAGCUGCGGGGCCUGGGUUUCCCGACUGAGGGGCUACACGUCCUUGAGAUUGCAGAGAACAACCUGAUUGUCCAUCCUGAGCAUGUGUGUCGACAUUUGGAGCAGGUGCUGCUUGGUAGUGUAGCCUUUGUGGAUGUUUCUGGCUCUCAACCUUACCCUUCCGUCUGCUCCCUGGACCAGUUUCAGGACUUGAAGGCCCUCGUGGCGGAUAUCGUCACACAUUUGCAGGGGCUGCAGAGGGACCGAUCCCUGGCAGUCUCCUGCAGCAGGCUUUGUUCCUCGGCCUGGAAUCUCUGUACUGUGUUUGGGAUCCUCCUGGGCUAUCCUGUUCCCUAUACUUUUCACAAGAACCAAGUAGAGGACAACUGUUUAGCCCAGACUCCACUACGAGUGUUCACUGCCCGGAUCUCAUGGCUGUGCUGUCAACCACCAGUCUUGCUGUAUUCCUUUAGUGUGCCAGAGAGCCUGUUCCUGUCCUUGAGGGACAUUUUAAAUACUUGGGAGAAGGACCUUAGAACUCGAUGUAGGACUCAAAAUGACUUUGCUGACCUCAGCAUCUCUUCUGAGAUAGUCACACUGCCGGCCGUGGCCCUCUGACUUUAACUUUUCCCGUGUGGAAGGUGCUUGGUAAAUGAUCAGCUGUAGGUCAGGGAUGGCAAAUGGGAAUCAUUUCAAGUGCCAAUUGCGAGUAUCUCGAGGACACUAGGGAAGAAUACUGUAAUCCAUUUAUCAUUUCUGUGCUGAACUGUACUAGGGAGAGUAGACCGGGAUGCUUCAGGAAUAAACGAGUUCUUCGGGACAGACCAUCAGGAUUUCCUGCUCAGAAGUUGGCUGGUUUCUGGGAGGAGCCAGAAGACCUGAAUCAGGACUGCCACCUGAUACAAGAAGGUGAAACGCGGGCCAAGAAGGCCCUUAUGCUAGGACUGAGCUUGCAGCCAGGAGGCGCCA